AAACUAACGCUUCACCAAAGCAAAGUUGUUUAUUGGCUUGUAAUCUUCUUAAAAUACAGGCCUUUUAUAUCAUAUCUUGUUUAUUCGUGGUGGUCUUGUCUCCUACUGUUUCCUCUGCCACAGAAAGCAGAUUAUAGAGAUUUAAAUAGCGCAGCAAAAAUGAGAUAGGACUUUCAUGAACAGCUCGUAAUUAAAGACGUUUCAUUUUCCAUGUGGCGCUCAGUGCAACUAAAUACAAGCAAAUGAAACUAGAAUCCAAAACUGCAAACGUGACGCUUUGCAUGGCUAUCAUUACCGUAACGAACAUAAAAGAUAAACUGUAACAAGUAGAAAAAUAAAAGUUUCCCCGAAAAAGCUUCUUAAAACUUUUUGAUGGGCUUUUUGAAGACAUAACAUAACAGAGUACAUAUGAAGCAUAAAUUGGUUAUAUUUGUUUUAUGUCAAUUAGAUAUUCUUGUUUUGUAAAGUGCCUUAAGAUAACUUUUGAUGAACUGUUCCUUUACUACUGAAUAAAAACAACUAAAUUUAACUGAAUUCAACAACUUGUGAAAAACAUGACCUGUUGAAAGCUGACAUACUUCUACUACUACAACUACUACUGAUGAUGAGGACGAUAAUGAUAAUAAAGCAGCUAUACGAAUCAAGAAUCUGUAUUUGAAUUAAAUGUUAACAUGAUGGCACAAACUCAGAAUGCACACAGAUUACACAUAACAGGCAGACAUAACAAGACAUAAUAUUUCCAAACUUUCUUUUCGAAAUCAGUCUAUUGCAUUUACCAACAAGAGCCCAUGAGAAGUUUAGAGCGUGCUAAUACUUCUUAGCAUCUAAUAAUUCUGCUUUUCAAAUCAAAAAGACAGAUAGCGGUCCCUUUGCUGACAACACAGAUGACUGUGCAUUUGCAUGAGUGUAUCACACAAACACUCUUUCGUUUGAUACACUUAUGCACACAGUAAAAUAAUAAUAUAAAUGGUGAUAUAUAAAACGUGGAACACAGUAUAUUCUAAUCGUAAGGGUUGACUGUGCUGCUAUAAGUAUUGUUGUAAAGUAACUUAAAGAGUAGUGAGCCGAACAACAGUUUAACCUUUAUUUAUAUCUAAGAACUUUCAGAAUUCGUCUUGUAUGACAAUGUCCUGUGUUUAAAAACAAGAGGCAAAUUGUAAAUAUGAUUAAAUUCCAAUGUAAUUUGCACAAAUUAUGCGAAUCAAUACAUUGACUUCGUUCUGAACCUCAAUGUUGUAGAAAAACAAGUUUACAAUAACUUAUUUUGAUAAAUUGAACCUCAAGUUAGUAGUUUGUAAUUUCCGAGGUGUACCCAAACGCAGCAGAAGACGGGGAGGAAAAAAAAAAAAUCUCGGCACAGAAUGUUCUUGCGCAUCUCCUCCUGUAUUUAAGGUACAUCCCUGCAGCCUGUUCUGUACGUGGCAGCGGUUCCAAACCAUCCCCUCUGUACUAUUCGUAACCCCGGGGUUGCCAAGUGGGGUUUUCGUCCACGCAACAAGACGUGACAGUCUUCUUUUAAAGACGCCAGAGGUGUGCAGAAGGUUACUGAAAAGGUCAAAAUGAGGAACUCUCUGUUUUGUAUCUCCUGGAUUUUGCUCUGUUUCUGCUGCUGGUCUACGCAUGGGGAGAUCUUUACCUCUAUUGGACAAAUGACUGACCUAAUCUACACAGAAAAGGAGCUGGUCCAGUCUCUGAGGGAAUACAUCCAAGCUGAGGAGUCCAAGCUGGCUGCUAUCAAAAGUUGGGCAAGCAAACUUGAUGCUCUGACAAGAGUAUCCACUUCGGACCCUGAGGGCUACCUGGCCCAUCCGGUGAACGCCUACAAACUGAUGAAAAGGCUCAACACUGAGUGGUCUGAACUGGAGACCCUUGUGCUACAGAAUCCCUCAGAUGGCUUCAUCGGCAACAUUUCCGUACACAGACAGUACUUUCCUGAUGCGGAGGAUGAGACCGGUGCAGCCAAGGCUUUGAUGCGUCUUCAGGAUACAUAUCAACUAGAUUCAGAAGCGUUCUCCAAAGGAAAAUUGCCAGGUGUUCACUCCGACGCUGUCCUGACCGUGGAUGAUUGCUUCGACAUGGCAAAGACGGCCUACAACGACGCAGACUACUACCACGCCGUUCUGUGGUUUCAGCAGGCUCUCAAGCAGCUGGACGACGGAGAGGAAGCCGUGGUCACCAAAGCAGCAAUCCUGGACUACCUCAGCUACUCUGUUUACCAACUGGGUGACAUACCUCGGGCCAUUGAGCUUACACGCCGGCUGGUGGCCAUCGACCCCAACCAUGAGAGGGCAGGAGGAAACCUCCGUUACUUUGAGCGACUGCUGUACAGACAGCUUAAUGAGAUCAACCAGGCCUCCGAGCCUGCAUCUGAGGAACCUAUUCAGCUGGGGACCUACACCCGACCCAAGGACCAUCUGCCAGAGAGGGAGGCCUAUGAGGCUUUGUGCAGAGGAGAGGGGCUCCAAAUGACCGAAGCAAGGCGAAGCCGUUUGUUUUGUCGCUACCAUGAUGGUAACAGGAACCCUCGUCUGGUCCUGAAGCCAAUGAAGGAAGAGGAUGAGUGGGACAGCCCCCACAUUGUACGCUACUUAGAAAUGCUGUCGGAUGAAGAAAUUGAGAAGAUUAAAGAGCUGGCGAAACCCAGGCUUGCCAGAGCUACGGUCCGUGAUCCCAAAACAGGAGUUCUGACCACAGCCAACUACAGAGUAUCAAAAAGUGCUUGGUUGGAAGGAGAGGAGGACCCUGUGAUUGAAAGAGUCAAUCAGAGAAUACAAGACAUUACUGGCCUUACAGUAGAAACUGCAGAGUUACUCCAGGUUGCAAACUAUGGAGUUGGAGGACAGUAUGAGCCACAUUUUGACUUCUCAAGGAAAGACGAGGGUGACGCUUUCAAAAGGUUAGGCACUGGAAAUCGCUUGGCGACAUUUUUAAACUACAUGAGCGAUGUUGAAGCGGGAGGUGCUACAGUCUUUCCAGACUUUGGGGCUGCAAUCAGGCCAAGAAAGGGGACAUCAGUGUUCUGGUAUAAUCUCUUCAGAAGUGGAGAAGGAGACUACAGGACCAGACAUGCAGCCUGCCCAGUUCUUGUAGGAAGUAAAUGGGUGUCGAACAAGUGGAUACACGAGCGCGGGCAAGAGUUCAGGAGACCAUGCGGCCUCACGGAAGUGGACUGAAGCUCGCUCCACGUCUACGCUUGCCUUCAUUAGUCCCUGUUUUUGGCUAAAUGAUGCAACACAGGCUCACUGUGUAAAACUUUGAACAUGUCUGGAUGACUAACAAAGGGUUUGCUGGGGUUCCUGCAUCCUUCUGGUGAGGGAGAGCUCAAUUUCUGACAGACUUUUUUUUUUCUUAUUCUUUUUAGCAAUCAUUACAUGUGUCCAUUUAACCAGAGGAAUAAAAGAAAAGAAUUAUGAAUGUACUUUAGUUAAGAUUACAACACAAUCAAUGCUAAACAGUUUUAGAAAUACGUUUUUAAUUUUCAUAAAUUCACAUUUCUUUUAAAAUAGUUUUGUCCUCACUUAAGCUUGUUUUUUUUAAAACUCUAAAAGUACAAUUUAAGGUCCCAGGUGUACAUUUUUGACUACUUGUGCAACUUCAGUAGCAAUAAUUGAGCUGCAGAGGACCAAAUGACUAAUUGAUGUGAUGUUUGUACAGUAGAUGCACUACAUGUAUGUUUUACCAACAAUACCUAUACUGACUGUUGCAUUUAGGGUAGCAGCUUUUUAUCUGGUGCUUAUGAACUUCAACUACAACAGCAUUUAUCUGUUACUCUCAUGGUAAUUUGGGCCAAAAGUAUAUUCUUCUGCAAAACACUGUCUACAAAUGAUGUGCAUUCAUUUUAUUUUUUAUUAUUUAUAAUGUGAGGCAAAGCAAGUUUAUUUAUAUAGCACUUUUCAGUAGCAACACAAUUCAAAGUGCUGUACAGUGCAAAAUGUGCUUAAAUUAUGACAUUUUUGUAUUCUCAUUCCCCAAGAUGGCAAUCAAAAAGUCAAUAAAAAUGAUUUUUUACUAGA